CUGCAAUGGUGAGCUUCAGUCGGCGCUUGCGACCGCACGUGAAAGGUGGCACUUUGGGAACGUUAGUUACGCGGACUGUUGGCUACUGGUUGGACUUUUGUCGUGGAAUAAAUUUAUUUUUGAUUACUGAAAGUGGGGGCAGCGUGAAAGAGCGCGGAUCGUGUAGUGUAGUUUGCUUUAGAAGAGAACACUAAUGCAAGUGUUAUUAUUGUUUAUUGAAAGUAAAAAGGCAAAUAAUGAUAUUUAAAUAAUCAAACAAGUAACAUUAUGCAUUUAAAUACAAUUACAAUUUGAUUACAUACAACAUAGUAAACAAAUCGAAUAAGCGUGAAAAAAGUGAGCGCAAACGCAUGUGAAAACUUGUAUUUUUUUAGCGCCGACUUAAAUGAAAUUUAAAUCAAAAACGGAAAUGGCAGUGACUAAAAUACUGAGCAAUAGUUGGAUUGUAGAACGACUCAAGCACUCAGAGCGAACGGUUUGAAAUUGCACGCACAGUCCGUUUGCUGUCGCAAGUCAGCCAGUUUGUAAGCGAUUUGUACGAGAAAAAAGUGCAAGCGACCACGUUGUCACUUAAGUGAAUAACGAGCGUGUAAAAUAAAGCAAAUUUCACACACGACGUCAAGUGUUGCAGUUGAAAAAUUAAGUGAAAAAAUAAACAAACUGAAAAAACAUAAAAAGUGUUUUAAAUUAAUUUAAUUCAAUUGGUCGCGUCAACAGUAAGUGAAAGUGAUAAAUACAAAUAACAGUACAAUACAUACGUACACAUUUGUAUAACAUACACAGAGGCGCUACACCCUGUACUGCAGCAGUAACGUUUUGAAAAUGUCAAAAGCAAUAAAAGUGUGUGCAGCGCUCGUGAUACUUUACGUGUACGCGUUGUACGACCUAAGCACAGUCUCUGCGCUGCCCUACAACUACGACGACAUAUACGAUUUAAGCGCCACGCGUCCCGACGCGCAACCAAAACAGUUGCGGCUCUGGCUGACAAUAAGCGCGCGCCAUCGUUUUCUGGAGGUCUCUUGGGCAAAUGCGCCUGCGCACAAGGAUGAUUACAUAUUGAUUACCAUGCACGCACCACACAAAUUUGAGCGCGUCGAGCGCACUACCGGCACACCGCUGGCUGCAUUCGAUAACGCAGAAGGUAGCGGCUUUGUGCCAAACGAUGGCAUUACCGAACGCAGCACUUCCUCGCCAACGCGCUAUCUACUCGAACGUGAAAACAAACACAAUUACGUUGCGCGUUCGAAUACGAGCGACACUUUUGAAGGCAGCGGUUUUGUGGACACUUACACCACAGCGCCGCGCACAGCAUCAGCACCACCACGUCAUUAUUGGAUUUCAAAUAAUGGCAGUGUUGAUAUAGUCGCCGCAUUACAACCAAACGCCGCCACACAAUGGUUUACCACCGGUGUUUAUUUUGAUUACGCGCUGUCACGCAAUGUGACCGCCAAAACGGGCUGCUAUGGCUUUUGGGCGAGUUAUGUGAAUGCCAGUGGCGAUAUAUUGGCCGCCAGCUGUUUGCGUGCCUAUCCGCGUUGGAUGCGCGAAAUGCGCGCACAGUUGGGUGGUAUGCGUGUACGCGAUCUCUUCAUACCUGGUACACACGACUCCGGUUCGUAUAGACCAAAUUUUGAUCCACUACUACGCGAAACGAUCGUCACAAAGUAUGCGCUGACACAGGAUGAUGAUAUACGCGGUCAGCUGUUGCACGGCGUGCGUUAUUUGGAUAUACGCGUCGGUUAUUAUCGCAAUACGCCCGAGCGCUUCUAUAUUAAUCAUGGCGUUACACGACAGCGUCCUCUAGCGGAAAUUAUCGAGCAAGUUAAAGAGUUUGUCUUGGAGACAAAUGAGAUUGUGAUAUUCGGUUUGAAAGAGUUUCCGGUUGGUUUCGGCAAAGGUCUUGGUGUUCAUCGUCUGCUGGUCAGUUACUUACAACAACAAUUUGGCGAUGUUAUUGUGCAUCCUUCAGCGUCGUGGCGCGCAACAUUAAACGAUAUUUGGUCAAGGCAACAGAACGUCAUUUUGGCUUAUGAUAAGGGUCAAGUGGUGGCUGAAUUUCCGCAAACACUAUUUGGUUCGGUGGAGCAACGUUGGGGCAAUGUGCAAACAUGGACAAAGCUGGAGAAGUACUUACGUUCAAUUAACAACUUUGAUGUUUCUCGCCUAUCAAGCCGACCCAUUGCAGAUAUGGCUGAACUUACACCCGACACGUGGGGUGUUAUACUCGAUAAAUAUGGUGGACUGCGAAAAAUGGCCGAUCAAGUGAAUUGGCGCAUUUCAGAACUUUAUCGCGACGAAUUGGGCGCAAAUGCGAAUAUUGUAGCAGUGGAUUUCAUACGUGGCACCAGUCUAAUGGAUGUCGCAAUCGAAUGGAAUAAACGAAAAGUCGUCUACUAUUAGGCAUUACAUAAAGUAAAUCUCUAUAUGUUCAAAUCACAAUUAUCAAUUAGCCUUAAUUAUUGGUGCAAUUUCUUAGUAUAAAUAUUUUAUUUCAAAAAAUUUUUCAACAAAUAUAGAAAUAUAAAACCAGUAGAAAAGUAUAUUGGAUUCCAUCAAGAUUUUUUUUUCAAAUUAUUGAGGAAUUUUAUGAUAUUAAAUUAAGCCAAAGUUUUAUAUUCAAGAAGAUAAAAAUAAUAUUGAUUAUAAUUUAAGUAAAAUUUUUUAUAUUUAUUAAAAUAUGUAAAUAUCUGUUUAGAUCAUACAAUGUUUGUUUUAGUAUGCAAUGGCAAUUUUCAUACUAAAAUAAAAUUUUUUAUCAAUGUGGUAUGUUUUAUAAGCGAAUAAAAGAACCUAGCAACUAAAAUUAAACUUGCCGUAACCUCGUAAAA